AUGUCGGAACCUUCCGAACUCGCUCCUGCUACCGCUGUAGCAGCGGAUGCCGACCGACCGCUGACCAACAAGGAAAAGCGUCAGCUGGCAGUAGCGCAGAAACGCCAGGCCAAGGAAUCUGCCGCUGCCCGCAAAUCCAAGCCCUCCGACUCUGCAUCCACUUCCACUACUACUGCUGGUGUCAAACGACCUCACGAAUCCAUCUCUCAAGAUGACUCCGUUGCCGCCGAGGAGGAGCCCGAAGUCCUCUCGCAUAAAGAAGCACGACGACGCAAGAAGCUCCUCUCCUCAACCACCUCUGAUCCCUCCUCUUCCGACCCCACACCCAACUCGCUUGUCCACCCAUCCCGAGCACCGGGGGCUCUCCCUCCACGAUCCGGCUUCUCGAUCUGGAUCGGUAACCUCUCCUUCUUCACCCCACCCUCCAAACUCGUCGACUGGUUCACCCAACGCGGCAUCGACGGAAUCACCCGCGUCAACAUGCCCAAGGGUCUUCGACGUGCAGAGAUGAACAAAGGCUUCUGCUACCUCGAUCUGCCCAACAAGGAUAUGCUCACCGCAGCACUGAAUCUGUCUGAGCAGCCGCUCGAUGGCAGGAAGUUGCUCAUCAAAGACGGUGCCGAUUUCACGGGGAGACCGGACAUCAACGGGUUUGCCAUGGCCGUAGCGAAGAACCUCAAGGAGGCCACUACCAAUCAGUUCGGUGAUAAGGAGGAGGAUGCUGAGAAGGAAGAGGACAAGGAGCAGCAGGGUGAAGGUGAGGGAAGGAAGGGAAAGACGGGUUUGACCAAAACGGCACAACGCAUAUUGAGGGCUCAGAAGAAUCCGCCUUCCAUGACGCUGUUCUUGGGCAACUUGAGUUUCAACACGACCGAACAGGGUGUUAGGGAGUUGUUCGAUCAUUCUGCGACAAAGAGGAAUCCCAAACCCAAGGUUAAGAAGGUUCGAAAGAAAGUGGAGAAGAAGAAAUCUUCUUCUGGCUCUUCUUCGUCAUCCUCCUCCUCCGAUGCGGAAUCAGACUCGGAAUCAGAUUCCGACUCUGACUCCGACUCUUCAUCCUCAUCCUCCAGCGAGGCCCCCUCACCCAAACCUUCCACCACCAAAACCCCUGGACAAGGUGACGUCCUUCCCUCACCCGCCGGCAUCCGCAAAGUCCGACUAGGAACCUUCGAAGACGCUCCCGACAAGUGCAAAGGUUUCGGCUUCAUCGACUUCCACACCACCGAAUUCGCCACCUCCUCUCUCCUCGAUACCCGCAACGCUUUCCUCGACGGUCGACGCAUCGUCCUCCAGUACGCCUCCCCCGACGCCACCCGUCGCGGCGCAGGUAAAGCCAUGAGAACCGCCAUCGACACCAAGAAACCUAACGCCCUCCGAGUAGGUUUCCAGAGGAACAAACCAAAACGAUCCCACCCAGAGCAAGACAAGGUGCAAGAAGAAAGAGAAGUUCAAGCCCCGGUUCCCGGAAGCUUCGAUCCAAACGCCCCACUGGAAAAGAAACACAAGGAAACAAAGGAAGAGCGUAUCGCGAGAAGAGCAGCACAGGGUAGUAGGGGUGGUCCGGCGGAUAAGAGAAGAGCUAAACCAGGUGCUGCAUUGGCAAAUGCCCAGAGAGCCAGUACAGCUGUCGUCCAGAGCACUGGUACCAAGGUCACUUUCGACGAUUGA